CCUCCUGCAGAAGUGAGGCCAUCUUCCCUCAGAAAGGAAAUGAUUGCUAUUUAUUGAGGGGAAACAUACCAGCUCAUGUUUUUGAUCAAUGCUUUUUUAAGGAUUACUAGUCUUUUACUUUCUUAAAAAAGCUUCAGUUUUACUUUUGUUUUUAACUUUUUCACUAAGGUAUUUAGUGUUCUUUUUCACUGGGAAUCCUUCAGAUUUUUGGAAUGGCUCCGUCUGCUUCUUUCUAAAGCUUUGCCAUUGUUAUGGUAUUUUCUUUAUUCUCUGAUUUUCUGAUUCAGUUUAGAUCCUUGGUUUCAGUUUGAAAUGAUACCCGAAGAGACACUUUUGCACAUAUGUGGCUUGAUUCGAUGAUGUGCCUGUAUUUUAUUUCAUCCAAUGCAGAUCAGUUUCUGUUUCAGGGUCUAAUCCGCAUUUACAAUUUGAGAGCAUAUAUUCAGGCUUCAUAGUAUUAGUGCCUGCCUGGGAACAGUGGGCACCGUUUUCUUUGUCUUCAUUUCCUUUUCUCUGUAACCUCCGGGACAACCCUGUGAAGAUUGGACUUGCACCGAGUCUGGACAGGCAGGAUGUUCAGCCCAGGACAGCUCAUGUCUGCUCUGUCACCUGGGCUUUUUCCUUCGUCUUCAGCGCAUCUCUACCCAGCAUUCCCAGCAAGGCUGGGCUCCGCACAGCUGCCCAGCCUUCUUGUGCCAGGUUCCCUGAUCAGCUACGAAAUCCUCCAGAGUUACCUGCAACCGGAGCCCUGCAAGCAGGCUCUUCUUCUGGCUACUCAGGCAGCAGGCUUGGUUGGCAUCUCGGAGUACACAGACGAGAGCCGGCCGGUGAAGCAGAGACGUGCGCGCGCGAACUACAGCAGCUGGCAGCUGGAGGAGCUGGAGAAGGCCUUCGAGAGGACUCACUACCCCGACAUCUUCAUGAGAGAGGCCCUGGCGCUCAGGCUGGACCUCAUCGAAGCCCGGGUGCAGGUUUGGUUUCAGAACCGCAGAGCCAAGAUGCGGCGGCAGAUGAAACUGCGGGGGAAGAGCGCGAAGACGUCGGCCGCCGGGGGCGGGGGCGGGGGCGGGGGCGCCCCGCAGGACGCCGAGAGCUCGGACGGUGAGCGCUGGGAGGGGAGGCCCGAGGGGGGCGCCAGCCGCCCCCCGCCUGCAGCACAAGCCCCCUCCCAGACCGCACUGCAGGGGGCGCCGGAGGGGCCGGACGGCCCCAGCGCUGAGGACCUGCGCUCCUGCAGCAUCGCCAAGCUGCGGGCAAAGGCCAAAGAGCACGAGGCCGAGAUCCAGAGCUCGGCUGCCCGGCCCCUGGCCGAACUGGAGCCCGAGGCCUCUGGCGCGGGCAGCGACGGCGACUGACGCACGGCUCUUCGGCGAGACAGACCCCACUCCCCCGAAGCAGGUGGGUAUGAAGAGCUGCCACGUGGCCCCAGUGCGAUCUCCAGGAAGAGUAAGGAAGAGUGCUGCUGUACUGUAUGUGCUUGUUAUCAUCCAGCGCACUAACAAAACGUCAAGGAGGUCAGUGUCCCUCCAUUGCAAGUAAGAAACAAGAAUCAGAGACUGUUCUUUCUGUGUAUGGUACUGACUGUUCAUUUUGAAACACACUUGUUAUAAUUGCUGUACUGUACCGUCUGUUCUUGAAUAUCACUUGAAGUAACUGAUGUAACUUCUAGGUACACGGAGCAGCUGAACAAUAUAAUUCUUUUGCUAUGAAAUAUAAGGAGAAGAAAGUCUGCGAAAGAAAGGAAGCCAUUUGGCCCAUCCUGUUGCUGGAGCUGGGGCUUAAAUGCACCUCUACAUCUGUUUUAAAUCACUUUCGUGUGUACAGUAGGAGGUGUUCUGUCUUGUCUGGAUGUACAUACUAUUUUUGUAACUUAAAUUGUCUACUUUAUAUUGUUUGUUUAUACUCCUUUUGUGUGCCUUUGUGGUGGAUUGAUUUGUCUGAAGUGCAUAUCUGUAUUGUUUAUUGAUAAAUCCAUUUUCUAGUUUGAGUACGUUUUACGGUAAAUGAAUGUUCUCCAAUCUGUCAGAUAUUGCGUAAAAAUAUUUUUGUGUAACUCUUUUGAAAUAAAUGAUAUGCUUUUUUUAUA